AUGACGGAAGUUCUGUUGCUGACUGUUCUGUUGCUGACUGUCUGCUCCUGUGCCUGUCCCUCUGCAGGUUCUGUUGCUGACUGUCUGCUUCUGUGCCUGUUCCCUCUGCAGGUUCUGUUGCUGACUGUCUGCUUCUGUGCCUGUCCCUCUGCAGGUUCUGUUGCUGACUGUCUGCUUCUGUGCCUGUUCCCUCUGCAGGUUCUGCAUUUCUUCUGUGAUACGUGCUCCGUGCCUGUCUUUAGGGAGGCCAGUGUGGGUUGUCACUCGGGCCACAGCCUCCUCUACCUCCAGGAUUCCCUGCAGGACUCCAGGACCCUCACCAUCCAGCUGCUGGCAGACGCCCAGCGGGGCAGGCACGCUGUACAGCUGAGCAUUGAGAAAGCACAGGCCGUUGCUGAGCAGGUGGAACUGAAGGCCAUGGUGGUCCAGUCAGAGGUCAAAGCCAUCACACAGCGUCAUAAGAAGGCCCUAGAGGAACGAGAGUGUGAACUACUGUGGAAAGUUGAGAAUAUCCGUCAGGUGAAAGCCAAGUCCCUCUAUCUCCAGUUAGAGAAGCUGCACCAGAACCUGACCAAGCUGGACAGCACCAUCUCUACAGUAACCCAGGUCCUAGAGAAGGGCAGUAGUCUGGACCUGCUGCUGGCCAGAGAGAGCAUGCUCCUCCAGAUCACAGAGCUUAAGGCCCUCAGGGAGCUGUUACUGCCGCAGGAUGAUGAUCGCAUCCUGUUCACCACCCCCGACCAGACCUUGCUCCUCGCCAUCCAGUCCCUAGGUCUGGUCAGCUCCGGGGCCUUCGCCCCCCUCACCAAGGCCCAGGGAGAGGGGCUUUGUCGGGGCUUGCAGGGUAAGCAGGCUUCCUUCACUGUGGUGGGGUAUGAUCAUGAUGGAGAGCUCAGGCUGUCUGGUGGGGACGGUGUGUCAGCUGUGGUGGUGGCGUCCGAUGGUAACCUGCUAAAUGCUGAGGUGACCGACCAUCAGAACGGGUUGUACACGGUCAGCUACCUGCCCAAGGUAGAAGGAGAACAUCUGGUGUCAGUCCUUAUCUGCAACCAGCAUAUCGAAGGCAGCCCCUUUAAAGUGCUGGUCAAGUCUGGCCGUAGCUAUGGAGGUAUACCCUUGCCGGUGGCCUCGUUCGGCAGGGAGGGGGACGGAGAUGGGCAGCUGUGUCGCCCCUGGGGUGUUGUGGACAAAGAGGGCUACAUAAUCGUAGCUGACCGAAGCAACAACAGGGUGCAGAUCUUCAAGCCGUGCGGUUCCUUCCACCACAAGUUUGGUACGCUGGGCUCCAGACCAGGCCAGUUGGACCGACCAGCUGGGGUGGCCUGCGACAGCCAGAGGAGAAUCAUCGUUGCCGACAAGGAUAAUCACCGCAUCCAGAUCUUCACCUUUGAAGGCCGGUUCCUCCUCAAGUUCGGGGAGAAGGGAACCAAGACCGGUCAGUUCAGCUACCCCUGGGACGUGGCGGUCAGCUCGGAGGGAAAGAUCCUCGUCUCAGACACCCGGAACCACCGCAUCCAGCUCUUCAGGCAGGACGGCACCUUCCUCAACAAGUACGGCUUUGAGGGGGCUCUAUGGAAACACUUGGACUCCCCCAGAGGCGUGGCCUUCACUCAGGAGGACCACCUGGUGGUGACAGACUUCAACAACCACCGUCUGUUGAUCAUCCGGUCGGACUGCCAGUCGGCCCGCUUCCUGGGAUGAGGAAGCGGUAACGGUCAGUUCCUGCGGCCGCAGGGCGUAGCAGUGGACCAGGAGGACCGCAUUGUGGUGGCUGACUCCCGGAACCACCGGAUCCAGGUGUUUCAAACCAACGGUAAUUUCUUAUGCAAGUUGGGGACUCAGGGUAGCAGCUUUGGACAGAUGGAUCGCCCAUCGGGUAUAGCUGUUACUCCUGACGGAAGGAUUGUUGCCGUGGACUUUGGAAACAACCGAAUCAUUAUGUUCUAGGCUAGGCAGUUUGUCUGCUGGUUUGCAAAGAAAGAAACAUUGAAGAGGAGAUUUUGAGACACACCCAGCAGAUGCAAAUGUCUUUGUGAGCAAAUGGAGACGGUAAUAUUGAAACUUGACCUUUUCUCUCAGCUUUACCUCUAUUUUGAAAGAGCAAAUCAAUGGAGAACAUGAACCGCUGCCAACAAGGGGUUAUUGUCAUAAGCUGACAUUUUGAACCCUAUAGAAGGCCUUCUGUGACAGUAUCUGGCUCGACAGUUGUUUUUGCUCCUGAUGUGUGCGUCAAAAUCUCUGAUUUUCUCAGGGAAUUUCUUGCAUUCUUGAAAUACUUCCACUGCAUCAUACCUACCUCAUGUAGCUGUGUAUGAAUGUACUCCUUUAUUAUUUGAUGGAGAUUUUGCUAGUGGAGUUUUGAUAAAGUAACUACCUCAAUGCAAGAGAAAAGUAUAGUUAACAUGAAGCAACAUUUGGUUGAUAUUUGCACAGAAAGCACUCACACAUUUUCUCUAAUUGUUACUGUUGACAUAAAGCGUGUGAAAUCCCAGAAUGUUGUCGAGAACAAUGUAUUUCCUGUGUUACAUACAUGUGGAAACGUGGAGUCAGACAUUUUUUAUAAACUCAGCAACUGUUAUUUUUCCAUUUUGUUUUUAAAUAUGCCUUCAUACCUCUGUAAAACCUUUUUUACCUCAUGUCACAACCACAUAGUACCUCAGAACUCGUGUCCUCAGGUCAAUAGUAUGCUGAGUCCCAAAUGGCACCCUAUUCCCUAAAUAGUGCACUACUUUUGACCAGGGCCCAUAGGGCACUGGUGCACUAAAUAGCGAAUAGGUUGUAAUCUGAGACUCGUCCUGUAAAAUGGAUUCUCUCCACAAAAUGGCUGCUGCCAGUUUGCUAUAGGCAGGUUGAAUAUUUGAUAUCAGUGACCAUUGUCAGUUCAGUCAGUUGUGUGAUUUCAGGGAAAAAACAUUUAACAAGGAAUUGACCAUCUUGAAUUGGGUGAAUCAUCAGAAUUGUUAUUUUCUGGGCAUCUAUGAAGAAUUGUGACUUGAAACUACUGGCAAUCAUCAUUGUUGUUAGAUGAAUGAAUACAUGUCAGGAUUAAUAUAUCCUAAGGCAACUAGUGCAUUCGGCCACAACAUAGUGAAGAUUAGACAAUGACACAUUGGUGUGGGUUAACUUGGAUUUAAUCUCAACCAUGUCUGAACCUGAGUCUAAAUCUAUUUACUGAUAUCCAUUUAGAAAUCAUUGAAAUCUGUGUAGACUAACUUUCCUAAGAGUAGAGGGGUCUAAGAGUAGUGAAGUUUCAUUCUGAUAUUUUUUGAAGAACAACCUUUGUGCACAUGUUUGGUGGUUUAGAUUGGCACCCUAAUGACGCUACCAUGUUCCUUUCUUUGUGAUCGUUGUUUGAAAAGUCUAUCGUUGCCUCUGGGCCUCGACUAUGUUCCCGUCAAAGAAAGUCAUCCGUUUAGCUUUUUUUCCUUCAAAAUAGAAUGCGUCAAUCAUGGGAAACCGCGAGAAUAUUGUUUUAUCCUGGUGGCAAAUAAAAUAAUUUAAAAAAGUAAAACUGACCAGUAAAUGAAGUAACAGCAUUGAUGUUGAUCUUCAUUGCCUCCAUAGUGUUUUCAAUAGAUAUUCUCCGUAGUAAAACCCCUAGCUGCUUGUCAGUUGCCUGAUUACCCACUCAUGUAGCCUACAGGUGGCUGAGUAACCAAAGCAAAAGGCUCCACAUAAAUAGAAUUCCAUCAGCUGCUGCUCCCACACCCACAUUCACCCUGCUCUGAACUGUGAUGGCAGGGAGUCUGUUGGUCACAUUAGACGUUGGAAUAUCAGUCAGCACAGCAGUUCCUCUCUAUUGUAUGUACCUCUGUCUGAGAGAACAUAACCAAACCAGGUCAUUCAUGGUUCCACAGUGGCUAUUAACUACAGAACAUCAAGAACCAGUAAAAAUGCAAAUGUUAAAAU